AUGCGCACUAGCAGCUCUCGAUCGGAGUGUGUUGGGCUGGUCGACGUCCACGAGGGAGAGGAGACCCAUCACCCCCCCGCUUUCCUAUCUGCUCCUCCUUGGUGGGCCCACCCUGGCGCAGGUGCAGACGAACUGCUGCCCAGGCGCAGGCAACAAGGCGAUGUAACUGUGCAGAGCAAGGCAUGA